AAAAUGGCGUCUAAUGUACACGUUCUUCGGUCGCGCUUAGGAUAUUGACCGUUUGCUAAGCUUGGAAUGCGUAACAGUGAAAUUUACCUCACUGAAACUAAUGACGAUAUGAAUCGGCACGUUUUAAUCUGGAUUGUUUGACCAAGAACAUGGAGGAAGACUACGACACACCCCAGGAGCGCCAGGAGAACGAGCUCCAAGUUUUGAAAUCUAUUUACAUGGACGAAUGCAUUGAUGUCAGAGACAACGACACUUGGAAGGUUCAGCGGCCAUUGGAAGUACUGUUACAUUUAAAGCCGCAGCAGAGUAUGGGUGGAACAAAUGAAAUAUAUGUCAAUAUUGAUCUCAGAGUAAAGUGUUCAGAUAACUACCCCAAUGAGCUGCCAGAGAUAACCUUGGAAAGUCCCAAGGGGUUGUCUAAUGAUCAGACAAAGAAAUUAAGAAAAGACUUAGAAUGUGAAGCUAAGAAGAGAAUUGGAGAGGUAAUGAUUCUGGAGUUAGCUACUCAGAUUGAAGAGUUUCUGCAUAUACACAAUGUUCCUCAGAUGAAAUCAUUCUAUCAUGAGAUGUUAACCAAUAAGAAAAGGAAAGAAGAAAAAGCUGCUAAAGAACAACAGAGAAAGAUGGACCUUAAGAAAAGGAGGGAGGCAAUGCAAAGAAAAGAAAUUGAGGAAGAGAUACAGAGAAGGCAAAUGGCUCUCAAAGAAGAAAGCAGAAGAAGACGUGUUAUGUCUAAAAAGGAAGACCCUGUCCCAGAGGAAAAGAAUAAAAAAUCAGAUGAAUCUGAGGAUUUGAUGCAGAACACAUCCAGUGAGUCAACUACUUCAUCUCCAACUAGAAGAAAACGUCAGCCUGACCCUGUAAAUGGAGAUGACAAGCUUAAACUAAGACAUUCCAGCUCUACUCGAAUAAGGCAUGAUUCAUGUGGAAAUGAGUCAAGAAGUAGGAAAGGUAGUGGUAAUGUUGGAACCGUGACUACAACAUUCUAUACUAAAGGAAAUAGAACAAUAACAAGAGGGAAAUGUUUAGGACAAGGCUCAUCUGGCAGUAAAGUUUAUGUAGGAAUGGAUACUGCAUCUGGGGAGUUAGUGGCCAUAGGUGAAUGGGUGUUGAAAUGGAGGCAUUCAAUUGGUGGUGAUAAUGACAGUGAACAAGCUGCACAGUACAUGAAAAAGGUUGUCAGUAUUGAACAAGAAUUAUUGUCAUUGCUGCGAUUGGAUAAUCCCUAUCUUGUACAUUACUUAGCUAUAAAGUAUACUGAAUCUAACAACUGUAUUAUUAUUGAGGUGUUAAUGGAGUAUAUUGGGGGUGGUACCCUGGCUACCUUUAUAGAUAAUGGUACUCCAGUUCAGCUGGAGUCACUUCGACACUAUGCCAUUGAUAUACUAGAAUCCCUGCAAUAUUUACAUAGUAAAGGAGUGGUUCAUAAAGAUUUAAAAGCUUCCAGUAUUUUUAUCGAUUCAGAAGGUCAUCUUAGAAUUGCAGAUUAUAGUAUAGGAAAAAGAAUAAGUGACUUGUGCCACAGCAGUAAUGCCACUAAGCAAGGUGUUCAUUUUAGUGAUGACAAAAUUGUUGCAAAAGGUGGUAAAAAAGGAGAUAUUUUAAAGUUUGGUAUGUUGCUGCUUUCGUUGUUACAUGGAGAUUACAUUACAGAGUACCCAGUAGAAAUACCUCACAAUUAUCCUCCUGAUUUUCAAGAUUUUCUUACAAAAUGUCUUACUACAGAUGACAGAGUAAGAUUAUCUCCACAACAGCUACUCAGACAUGCAUUUAUUUGUCCUUCUAUUGAUAAUAUGAAUAAUGGUGGCUUUGGUAAUGACUAUGGCGCUUUACAUAACCCCAGUACAGUCAAUGAAGGAACACCCGACGAGUCUCCGUUUGAAAGUCAUUUUGCUACCCCUAAACCAAUUGAUGUUUCCAAAUCAAGGUUAUACAGUGAAUUUGAAGAACUUAAAUGGCUUGGCAAAGGAGGGUUUGGUGAUGUUAUUAAGGUGCAAAACAAACUUGAUGGUUGUUUUUAUGCAAUUAAACGGAUACCACUCAAUCCCAAAAGUAAAGAAUUUAACAAGAAGAUUACAAGGGAAGUCAAAUUAUUAUCAAGAUUAAAUCAUGAAAAUGUUGUCAGAUAUUACAAUUCUUGGAUUGAAGUUUGUGAGAAUUCUGCAUCCCAAGAAACAGACAGUGAGUCGAAAACAUCAACGGAUCCAGAGUCUAACAGUUUUAUGAAACCUAAUUUACGCAGAGGUCUCAGUUUUUCUGAUAAUAUUGAGAAGUUUGCACCACAAGCUGUUGAUGAGUCCAUAGAAUGGAGUAUGUCUUUUGAGGUAUCGAGAAGAAUGCAGGAAGAGAGUAGUGAAUCGUCUAGUGAUGAGGAAGAUGUUUUUGGUACAUCGUUUCUGCCCCAUUCAGAUUCAUCAGACAUCGUGUUCGAACAUAGUUUCAGGAAUUCAAAUUUCCCUGGUUUUGAUGAUUCUGAUUCAGAAGAGGAAUCUAAAAAAGUAGAGAAUAAAGAUAAUGGUAGCAAGAUAUCGGUGAUAGGAAUCCAGUAUCUGUAUAUUCAGAUGGAGUACUGUGAAAAGAGUACACUGAGAAAUAGUAUUGAUGAUGGGUUAUUCAGUGAUCACAAGAGAGUAUGGAGGUUAUUUAGAGAAAUACUGGAAGGUUUGACACACAUACACUUACAGGGCAUGAUUCACAGAGACUUAAAACCAGUUAAUAUAUUCUUGGAUUUAAAUGACAAUGUAAAGAUUGGUGACUUUGGGUUGGCUACUACCCAGGCAUUUGAACGACCCCUGACCCCAGAAAGACAGGGUCAAACACCAGAUCAUACAUUAACAAGUCCAGAUGGAUCAAGAUCUCAAGAAGGCAUUGGUGAGGGCCUGACUGGAAAAGUGGGUACUGCUCUCUAUGUCAGUCCUGAAUUAGCUAAUGUUAAAUCUAAAACUAAAACUACAUACAAUCAGAAAGUUGAUCUAUACAGCCUUGGUAUAAUAUUUUUUGAAAUGUGCUACCGCCCUCUAUCUACUGGUAUGGAGAGGGUUAAGGUUAUUGGCAAUCUUAGAAUGGUGACAAGUCCGAUUUUUCCAGAUGAUUUUGAUGAAAUUAAGUUUCCCAAGCAAAUACACAUCCUGAAUUGGUUGUUGGAUCAUGAUCCAGAUAAGAGGCCUACCGCACAGGAACUGUUACAAAGUAACCACUUACCCCGUCCAGAGAUGGAAGAUGCUCAGUUAUAUGAAGUACUUAAACAUACCAUGUCUAAUAGAAAAUCUAGUGCUUAUAGGAGACUAAUGAAUGAAUUGUUCUCUCAGCCGAUUGAAACUGCUACUGAUUAUACCUAUGAUAUGAAUAUUCAUAAGGGUUUUACUUCAUGUCAAACCAAUCUAGCUCAACGAACAGUGCAUGACACUCUAUGCAAGGUGUUCCAGAAACAUGGAGGUGUUCUUAUUAAUACACAGUUACUGCUUCCCAAAUCUGAGUUGUAUGAAAACGCUGAUUAUUGUACAACAUUGAUGGACCAUAGUGGAGGUUUGGUUACUCUCCCAUUUGAUCUAAGGGUUCCCUUUGCUCGUUUUAUUGCAAGAAAUAAUGUCUCCUACCUGAAAAGGUAUUCUAUAGAACGAGUAUACAGAUCUCGAAAACUUUUUGGUGCACACCCUAAGGAAAUGACAGAAUGUGCUUUUGAUAUUGUCAAUACAUCUCCAGAUGGUCUGGUACCUGAUGCUGAGAUACUUCUCAUUGUGUAUGAUAUUAUUAAUGAUAUUCCAGUGUUACAGGGACGUAAUUAUAUUCUUAAGUUGAACCAUACUUCCUUGCUGAAGGCUAUUCUCAACUAUUGUGGUAUCCCAGAAGACAAACAUCUUCAAGUUUAUGACAUUAUGAAUGAUGUUAAAAAUGAAAAGCUUACUCACACUCAGAGACAAACACGACUAUGUAGUUUGUCUUUGUCAGAUCAAACGGUGUUGAAUUUUAAUAAGUACAUGCAAAUUGAGGGUUCCUACAGCAAAGUGAAUGAGAUAUUGAAACCUAUUACACGAGCAAAAGGUGCAAAUGCUUCAUCAGCCAAACAAGGGUUACAUGAACUAGAGGCUAUCAUGUCACAUGCACUGGUCUUUGGUAUCAAAUUACAGAUGGAAAUAUCUCUUGGUCUGACAUACAAUGCGCAUUUUUUUUCUGGUUUGAUUUUCCAAUUUAUUGCUGAAGUCAGUCAUAAGAAAAAGAAAAUCGUCAUGGAUAUCCUUGCUGGCGGUGGUAGAUAUGACAAAUUAAUAUCACACUUCAAAGCCCCAGUAGAUAGUAAUAUGGCAAUUCAUACACAGCAUGCUGUCGGUGUGAGUCUAGCUUUUGAUAAACUUGUCUCUGCAGUCCAAGAAGAAACUGACUAUGCACCAAGCGUUGUUGAUAUCCUUGUAUGUGUUGUGGGCAGUAAACCUUUAUUAAAAGAAAGACUGAAAGUUGUGCGUGAUUUGUGGAGUGCUGGAUUAAGGGCUGACCUUAUCUAUGACAGUACUUUGUCGCUGGAGGAGAUACAGGAUUACUGUAAACAAGAAAACAUUCCACAUUUGGUGAUGCUGAAAGAUGUUGAAAGUGGCACUUUAAAGGUGUUUGUGAAAACCUUUGACACACAGCGAGGAGGUGCCAUAGAGAAGAAGGUAUCCGUCAUUGAAUUGGUAGAAUAUUUACAACAGAAAUUUCAAAUAGCUAAAUUAGAUGCUGUUGAAGGAAAUGCACAGUAUGCAACACGACAAGUCAAUACUUCUGCCACUGAGUCUAUUUAUGGGAAGACUGGUCCAGACUUCUGUGUCUCCUACAUACCACUUGAUAAGCUGCAGAAUCAUGUGAAAAGGAGAAUUGAAGGACAGAUGUUGUCAACGGUGUCAAGAGUUUUGCAGAAUUUGUCAACUAAAGCAAAUGUUGAAAUUAUUGGGGUUGUAACCAGGAAGUUGUAUGUGGUUACCAGUUCUCAAAAGCUUCCCGAUGAUUAUAAAGAAUACAUCACAACUACAUAA